AUGGCGAGGGUCAAGUUCAACGCCAAUACCGAAUACGCAUACCUACAAAACUUUAAGAUAUUGCAGAACACCUUCGCGAAACAUCAUGUCGACAAGCCUAUUCCUGUCCAGCAGCUAGUCAAGUGCAAGAUGCAGGACAACCUCGAGUUUCUCCAAUUUGCCAAGAGGUAUUGGGACCAGUAUUUCCCCGGCCACGAAUACGAUGCCCUCGCCCGCCGUAACGGACAAGGUGGAGUGGUCGCCACCAGCGCACCUGCAGCUCGCGCAGCCCCCGCGGCCGCUCGGAGAGCACCCGCUGCAAGCAACUCAGCCGCCCCGCGAACUCGAACACCACUCGGAGGUGGAGGUGCCGCGAGCGCCGCCCUGCGUGAGGAAAACAACGUGCUUAAGGAGACAGUGGCAGGCCUCGAGCGCGAGCGCGACUUCUACUUCAGCAAGCUGCGGGAUAUCGAGCUGCUGAUUCAACAAGCAAUGGAGGCGGACCCAGAACUCGAGAAAGAUGAAGGCUUGCUUAAGCAGAUCCAGAACAUCCUGUACUCGACAGAGGAGGGCUUCGAGAUCCCGGCUGAGACCGAGGGUGCUGAAGAGGAGACAUUCUAG